AUGGAAGGACAGUGAAGUAACAUUUAAAUGUGGUUGAACAUUUAUACAGAUAAUCAGCAUUAAAAUUGCGGAUUCUAACACUGACGUCACUGCUACAAAAUAUAAACCAGCAAGAAAAUGACAAUUAUCAUUAUAAGCCAGGAUAUUCUGAACAGAUGUAGUGCAAACAUUAACAAAAUGUAACGUUUGCAUUUUGGAAGAUAAAACAGCAAAUUUAACUUAGUCAGCACAUUGUAUAAUGGGAAACUUGGGCCUGCUCUCAAUCUGUAGCAGAAUACACAUCACAGCUGAACAGAUGGUGGAGCGGAGUCAAGCUGUGUUUACAGUUGAUAGAUUGGGAAAUACAUGGAUGAAAAGUUUAUUCAAAAAAAUACAUUCGGUCUACAUUUUUGUAAUGAAAACUUUUAUAAUUGUAGAACAAAUUUAUUAUCAAUUAACCAAAAACGCUUAUGUAAAACUACAAAACCAAUAACUUUUUCAUUGUUCACUAAUCUUAUCUAGAAAUGUAAUUAUAGUAUUGAGCUUGAAUGUAACAGUUUGAAAAAUGAAUGAAAAUAUUUGCGAAAUCAUAUUUAAGUAUCGUGAUGUGUGGGAUUUUUUUUAUGUUAACAUUAACGUUAAAUUACAUUUGAUUUUGAAAUCUAAGAAUUUUGUAUAUUAUAUUCAAAGAUGAUAUUAUUUGUUUUUGAUAACAAGCUACUUUUCUGUAAAUAAAGUGAACAUGAUGUUUUAUUCUGAAGCGUGAUUAUUAUUACUCCUAUGAAAAAGUACAUUAAAUUACAGCUGAUAUAGGUUUAUUUAUAGUUCCAUGUACACUCAUUAUAUCAUACUUACAUUAUUUCAUCUGAAAUUUCAGAUUUUCAUAUUUAUUUUGUUUGACUAUUUUCACACUACUUUUAUUACACACUAGCCUUUUAGCUCAUCCUAUAACAUAUACCACCACUGCAUUUCACUGCAUCUGUAGAAAAUAUGAGACAAAUAAAUGUUUACAUCAAAUCUUGAAGUAUGCUAUUUUUGAUAUACAGAUAAUACAGCAUGUGAAAUAGCCCAUCGUCUACAGAGCAUCAGUGACAUCAUAGAAGUGAGAUGUCUGCACAGACCCUGAAGGAUACUAAAAGAUGACACCCACCCAGCCACCGUCGGUUCACCCUGCUGACAUCUGGCAACAGACACAGAAGUUUCCGCUGCCACACCACCAGACAACGGAGCAGAAAAUCUGGCUGUCGGAGACCCCAGCCUCUCUCAGGGGGUGUGUCAGACUAUUCUGCUUCUAUAAACACAAGAAGACCGAGGAGAGAAGUGAGGACCGAGAGACCACUGCUUCAUACAGUAUUAAGUGGUCAUGGAGAGAUCAGUCAGCCCACCUGACCAACAGAAGCAUCCUGGGAAGAAGAAGGAAGUGGAUGAGAAAAGACAGGAUGGGAAACUGCAGGUGGGGCAGGGGAGCACAGAUGAAGUGUUGAAAGACCAGAAAGUGAUGGCAGGAGAGGCUUGUGACAGGAGGAACGUCUGGGAGCCGAGUGUUUACUACGCGCUGGGGAAGGAGUCUUUUCAUUUUGUUGGUCACGACAUCAGCAUCAGGGAGUCCAUGGAUACAUUCGGUGCACUGAUCUGGCCAGGGGCAAUCGCUUUGUGCCAGUUCUUGGAGAAUAACCAGCAACAGGUGAGCCUAAUGGACAAGGCGGUGCUGGAGAUUGGAGCCGGGACCGGCUUGCUCUCAAUAGUGGCCAGUCUGCUUGGUGCUUGGGUGACAGCAACCGACCUGCCAGACAUCUUGUCCAAUCUGACCUUUAACCUUCUGCGGAACACCAAGAGCCGGUCCCUCUACACCCCUCAGGUGGCUGCCCUUACCUGGGGUCAGGACCUGGGGCGAGACUUUCCCUCCUCAUCCUGCCACUACGACUACGUGCUGGCAGCUGACGUUGUCUACCACCACGACUUCCUCGAAGAGCUGCUGGAAACCAUGCGUCACUUCUGCCAACCAGGGAGCCGAACGACGCUGCUGUGGGCCAACAAGAUCCGGUUCCAGUCAGACUUGAGGUUCACGGAGCGCUUUAAGAGCAUUUUCAACACAACGCUGCUCGCCGAGUUCCCAGAGCAGGAGGUGAGCAUAUACAAGGCCACGGCAAAGGAGUAAGAGGACGCUUCAGAGAGGUGUUUCAGGGUCUGCGGUUA